CGAGAAGUUGCGAUUGUCCUUGAUGAAUGUCGCCCUUUCUGAAGGCCGUUGUGGAAGCUGCGUAGCAGACGGCAUAAUUUCAAUGCAAUCGCAUUAUAGAGUGAAGGGGAAAUCAUGCUUACCAAGCAGAUCCGAGUUCUGACCCUGAAUGGAGGAGAAAACAGGGAGACAACUCUGUAUAGAUUACAAAAAGGAUGGAUAUUAAGAUUUAAUCUGGGACCUUCACUGUUUGUCAGCCCUGUACGAUUAUUUUGCAAUCACCCAACAAAGAAAAGCGAACCAUUUGAUAGAACCAACUACACAGAGCUGAAAUGGAUCAGCCCUAGUGGUUCCAAGGUUGACAGACAUGAUGUUUACGCAGAAGUUCACAUCAACACUGCAGGGUCCUUCAACUAUUACUUUACAGCAGAUAAAAGUGGGGACAGACGACAUGCAGAUGGUCAAGGUUACUUCUUGGUGGACCCUGUUCUGUCUCUGGCUACUGCUGAAGCUACUGAUGAGGAUGAUGAAGAUGAAGCAGAGGAACUUAAUUUGGACAGCAUACAGUGUCAAUCUGUCAUUUCCAAGCUUCUGGGCCCCUUCCCCGAGUGGGAGGGUAGACUCAAGGUGUCUUAUGAGACUGGGUAUAACAUGAUCCAUUUCACCCCUAUUCAAGAACUAGGACAAUCUAACUCUGCUUACUCAAUCAGAAAUCAGUUAAGACUGAAUCCAAUUUUUAAUUCUAAAGACAAGACAUAUGGAUAUGAUGAUGUGGAAAGACUUGUGAAUGAAAUGGUGGGAAAUUGGAAGGUUUUAUCAAUGACUGAUUUGGUUUUGAAUCACACAGCCAAUGAUUCAGCUUGGCUAACUGAACACCCAGAAUGUGGGUACAAUUUAGUCAACUCUCCACAUUUAAAGCCAGCUUUUCUAGUGGAUAGAAUUCUUCUUCACUUUAGCAAAGAUGUUGGGGAGGGCAAAUAUGAAUCCAAAGGAGUACCUGCUAUUGUGGACAGUGUUGGUCAUUUGGAGGCAAUUAGCAGAGUUUUACAUGAAGUUGUUUUUCCAAACUACAAGAUACAUGAGUUUUUCAUAAUGAAUCUUGAGGCUGUGUUGAAGGAAUUCAAGAAAGCAGUUGAAGAGGCCAGACCUCUCUCCUCAUCCAGACCACAGCUAGACUUGAUCCAGGACCCACAGUACAGAAGGAAUGAGAGUACAGUGGAUAUGAACACAGCUCUCCAUCUUUACAACACAGACAGGCCAGGGGUAACAAGUAGAGCAGAACGCAUUAAAAGAUGCUGUGAUGAAUUCAGAGGAAAGCUAGAAGAGCUCAACAGAAACAAAACAGCUGAAGUUCAGGACCAUAUAAAUACUGCUAUUGCUAACUUUGUGGCCAAUGCCAAGUACAGAUUUGUUGAUGGCCAUGGUCCAAGAUUAGGGAAGGUCUCAGAAAAGGAACCUCUUAUGUUUAAUUACUUUGUACAACCCACGGAGUAUGAGGGUACGCUGGCAACAGAGGAGGAUAACAUGGCUGGGGACUCGGGGAGGCUCAUCAUGGCAGUCAAUGGGUGGGUGAUGGGAGAUGACCCUCUCAGGAAUUUUGCUGAUCCAGACAGAUAUGUUUAUUUGCGGCGAGAAUUAGUGCCAUGGGGUGACAGCUGUAAACUUAGGUAUGGGAAAGAGCCCAAGGAUUGCCCAUAUCUAUGGCAACAUAUGAAGGAGUACACAGAAACUACUGUUAGAAUCUUUCAUGGAGUGAGACUAGACAACUGUCACAGCACACCUAUCCAUGUAGCAGAGUACAUGCUGGACGUGGCCCGUAAGAUCAGACCAGACCUGUAUGUAGUGGCAGAACUGUUUACUGGAAGUGAGAGUGUAGACAACAUCUUUAUGAACAAAUUAGGAAUCAAUUCUCUGAUACGAGAGGCUAUGAGUGCUGGAAACUGCGGUGACCUUGGUAGACUGGUAUAUAAAUAUGGAGGUACUGCUUGUGGAUCCUUCAUCCAGCCUCGUGUGCAGCCUCUACUGCCCACCACAGCACAGGCCCUGUUCUUUGAUCAGACUCAUGACAACGAGAGCCCAGUAGAGAAAAGAAGUCCUUACGACCUGUUUCCAUCUUCAGCCAUUGUUUCCAUGGCCUGCUGUGCAACAGGCAGUAACCGUGGUUACGACCAACUGGUUCCACAUCAUAUACAUGUUGUAAAUGAGAAGAGGCUGUACAUGUCAUGGGCUACAUGGGAAUUUCCAGAACCACCAUUUAUGAAUGAAAAAUUUGGAAUCACUGCUGGGAAAAAGAUGUUGAAUAAUCUCCAUUAUAAGCUUAGUCUUGCAGGAUAUUCUGAGGUGUUUGUGGAUCAGCUGACACAUGAUACUGUAGCUAUAACUCGUCACAAUCCCCAGAAUCACGAGUCGUUUGUUAUGGUAGCCAGGACAGCCUUUCAGAAUCCACAGAACAUUCGCCCUUUACACAUACAUGGAGACAUAAUAGAGAUAGAAUUUGAGGCUCUUUUUGGUGAAACUAAGGGAUUCAAGUACGAAAAGAACCCCAAUUUUAUCAAUGGUCUGCCAAAUUAUUAUUUGGACGUAAAAGAAAAUGUGGAGCCCAGUGCGAGUGGAUUAAUCAAAAUCAGGAAAGAGGGAGACGUCUCCGUAGUGGACUUCUAUACCUUUCCACCUGGUUCUGUAAUAGUUUUCAAACAGACCCUUCCACAAAAAGCUAAGAGUGCCAUAAUAAAAAUCCGUCGUGGAGUUAGUCAGUUUGGAUAUUUAAUGAGGUCAUACAGUGGAAAGACCAUGUUUGAUGAGACAUUUGACAAGAGUAAUUUUCAUGCCAUUAUCAGUAAGCUCUCUUUAUCUGACCUGAAUUAUGUGCUAUACCGGUGUGAUUCUGAGGAGAGGGCUGAUGGGAAUGGAUUUGGAGCUUACGACAUCCCUGGUUAUGGUCCCAUGGUUUACUGUGGACUCAGAGGGCUCAUGGCUGUGUUAGCACAUGUUCGCCCAAACAAUGAUCUAGGACAUCCAUUAUGUCAUAACCUAAGGGAAGGUAAUUGGUUAGCAGAUUAUGUGGGUAACAGACUGAAAGUUCAUCCUAACUUAAAAAAUCUUGGUGAAUGGUUUGAUAGUGUGUUGAGCAAUUUGAAAGAUGCCCCUAGAUUCUUGGUUCCUUGUUACUUUGACACAGUGAUUACAGGGGCAUAUGUGGUGCUUAGAGAGCAAGCCAUGAAACUUAUGUCUGAAUUCAUUCAAGAGGGUUCAACCUUUGUCCAGAUGUUGUCUUUAGGAAGUCUUCAGUUUUGUGGAUAUGUCAAGAAUGCAAAACUUCCUGGGUUAUCCAAGACUCUGAAAUCAACAACCCAAGAUGCUGACAUUGAACACCCAUUGUCUCUGGCUGCUGGAUUUCCUCAUUUUGCCAGUAGAUACAUGAGAAACUGGGGAAGAGAUACAUUUAUUGCUCUGCGAGGUUUACUUUUGCUGACAGGCAGAUAUGAGGAUGCCAAGUUGAUCAUAUUGGCUUAUGGAGGUUGUUUGCGACAUGGCUUGAUCCCAAAUUUACUCAGCGAAGGAAGUGGUGCCCGCUACAAUUGCCGUGAUGCUGUUUGGUGGUGGCUACAAUCCAUACAGGAUUACUGCAGUUUUAAUGGAACAGAUAUAUUGGAGGAAAAAGUGGCUCGACUGUAUCCCAGUGAUGAUUCACCCAUCCGUGAGCCUGAUGGGCAAUAUGAUCAGCCAUUGCAUGAAGUGAUACAGGAGGCUCUACAGAGACAUGCUGAGGGACUGAAAUACAGAGAAAGGAAUGCAGGACCCCAGAUAGAUGACCAGAUGUCUGAUGAAGGAUUUAAUAAUGAGAUAGGAGUAAAUUGGGAGACAGGGUUUGUGUUUGGAGGAAAUGAGCAUAACUGUGGCACGUGGAUGGACAAAAUGGGAAGUUCUGUAAAGGCAGGUACAAAAGGAAAACCUGCAACUCCGAGGUGUGGCUCAGCAGUAGAACUUGUAGGACUAAGUAUGUCUGCUGUAACCUGGUUACAAACCUUGGCAGAGCAAGAGGUCUACCCUUAUGAUGGAGUCUCUGUAAUCAAGAAUGGAGUUUCUAGUAAAGUAACAUUCAAAGAAUGGUCUCAACUCCUAAAAGACAACUUUGAGAAACAUUUCUGGAUAAACGAGGAUCCUACUGAGUAUGAGCCUCACCGUGAGUUGAUCAACAGGAGAGGAAUCUAUAAAGACUCCUACUACUCUAAACCAUUCUGGGCAGAUUUCCAGCUCAGGCCAAACUUCCCUAUUGCCAUGAUGGUGGCUCCACAGCUGUUCACCCCUGAGCGUGCCUGGACAGCUCUAUUAGAAGCUGAGGAUGUAAUCUUGGGGCCAUUAGGAAUGAAAACAUUAGACCCAAGGGAUUGGGCAUAUGUUGGUGAUUAUGAUAAUUCAAAUGACUCUAAUGACCCUAAAGUAGCUCAUGGAUUCAACUACCAUCAAGGGCCAGAAUGGGUGUGGCCUUUGGGGUAUUUCCUCAGAGCAAAGCUUUAUUUUGCUAAGGCAUUAGAACCAAAGAGGAAGGGAAUUCUGAGGAAUACCAUCAGCUUUAUUAAGACCCGACUGACCCCUCACUAUGAACAUGUCAUGACCUCCCCCUGGCAGUCCCUCCCUGAACUUACAAACUCCAAUGGCAUGUUUUGCCCGAGCAGUUGUCCAGCCCAGGCCUGGAGUGUAGCGUGUAUACUGGAAGUUCUCUAUGAUCUGGAGGAGGUGGGAAUAGUGGAUGAUAUUGCCCCACGAAGAAACUCCCUAGACUUAACACAGAAAACCGUGCUAGUGUGAAAAACAGUAAAGACAGAUCUAUUUCACUUAUCGAUCUAUUUCAGUUAUCCAUUGCUUUAACCUAUGAAAUGCAUAAAAUUGAGUUACUCUGACACUGCUUUUUGAUGUAACUGUGAUUAUUUGUUACAUGCGUAUAACUGGUUAACGGUGUAAUAGGCUGAUAUAUACAUAUACAGGUACGGUGUAAUAGUGAGUCAUUGUUUUAGCAAUAUUAGUGAAUGUAUACAUUUUUUUAUAUUCAUAUACAUGUACUUGCAAUGAGCAUGCAAAUAAAAGUGUUUAUAUUGAAAUAAUUCAAUUGCAAAGGAGCAUAUAGAAGUAAUGUGAAAAAAAAUUGACUAGUUCCUCCACAUCAAGUAUGUUAAUAGUAGGCAUGUCUAUGUUGUUUCAUAUUAGCUCUCGGUUAACAUAUAUUAAUUAUAGAUAAUUGUAGACAAUUACCUCAUUUUCCUGAAAUUGACUUUUUUAUUGGCACCAAUAUCUGUCACCAAGAAGUUGAAGAAGAGCAAGAAAUAUAAAGAACUACA